GCUUGCUGCUGAACAUUGAACCCACAGAACUCUAGACAUAGAGGGGUCUGGCAUCGCCCACACCGCUCGACUUGAAGCCAGUUACUCGAUCUCAUACAUUCGUUCCCCAGUCGUCAUUAUGAAAGCCAAUGCACCUCGGUCACCCACAAAAGAAAUAUCCGGCCUUCCGUCGCAACGAGAUUUUUUUGGAGAUAUCCAUAUGAACACAGCCAAAGGACUCCCUCCAGAUUUUAGGGAUAUACAUAUGAAUACUGCUAAAGGCUAUACGCUUGGAAAUGAUAUCAGAAUGGACACUGCGAAGGGGUCGGUUUCGACCAUCAAGCAAAGUGGAUUACCUCUGAAGGAUAGGGAGAUCCUGGAGAGUGGCGAAGUCAAGCGCAAAGCUACAGUGGCACAACUAUAUUUUCUGGAUUAUUACUUCCAAAUGCUCGGAUAUACUGCUUCACGAAAGGAACGUCGAACUCUCUUUGACAAGGAUACAAAAGAACGAGGACUAACUGCGUCAGAAUAUUCGAAAGAAUUCAAAUCCUACUGUGGUCGCGAACGUGUCCUGUUGAGGAAAAGGCGUACUAAGUUACGGGUUGAUCAAUUCCAUAUCAUCGCGCAAGUCGGGCAAGGCGGAUACGGUGAAGUGUUUUUGGCGAGGAAGCAGGAAACUGGGGAAGUUUGUGCACUCAAGAGAAUGAAAAAACGAACGUUGCAUAAGAUGGAUGAGAUCCGACAUGUUCUUAUUGAAAGGGAUAUCCUGACUGCUACGAAAACGCCUUGGCUUGUCAGGCUUCUCUACGCUUUUCAAGAUGCUGAGCAUGUUUAUCUGGCUAUGGAAUACGUUCCGGGUGGCGACUUCCGUACCCUAUUGAACAACUCGGGAGUGUUGAAGGAAGAACACGCACGAUUUUAUAUCAGUGAGAUGUUCGCGGCAGUUAACGAGCUCCACAAGCUUGGGUACAUCCAUCGUGACCUCAAACCAGAGAACUUCCUUAUAGACGGAAGUGGUCAUGUCAAAUUGACCGAUUUCGGUCUCGCUACUGGUGCAUUAAACCCCAAACGUAUUGAGUCAAUGAAGGUCAAGUUGGACAAAGUAAAGGAUAACCAAGUUAUACAUCGUUCUACUCUGGAAAGACGCUCUAUCUACCGAUCGAUUCGUAACGAAGACCCUCGGUAUGCGGACUCCAUCGUGGGUUCACCCGAUUACAUGGCUCCUGAAGUUCUCCGCGGGAAACCUUACAGCUACUCGGUUGAUUAUUGGUCCCUUGGGUGUAUCUUGUUCGAGUUCUUGGCGGGCUUCCCUCCCUUUAGUGGUGGAACUCCCGAGGAAACAUGGACCAACCUCAAAAACUGGACAACUGUUCUUCGAAGACCUGAAUAUGAUAAACCGGAGGACCUUAUCUUCAACCUGACGGACGUUGCCUGGGACUGCACGAUUCAACUCAUCGCCCACGCCAACACACGCUAUUCCAGUUUGGCACAAGUAACCAAUCAUCCCUUCUUCAAGAACUCCAAACCUCCCGUAAAAUGGGAUGACUUGCGCUCUACACGGGCACCGUUCGUUCCGGCGCUAGACUCGGAGAUCGAUACAGGAUAUUAUGACGACUUCACAUCUCCCGAAGACAUGGCCAAAUAUGCGGAGGUGAUGGAGAAGCAGAAGAACGUGGGUAAGGUUAAAGAGAAGGAAGAACCAUUCGCGAGAGGUGUUUGGGUUGGGUUUACGUUUGGUAAGAAUGGGCCUGGAGUCAAUGCCGGUAAGGGGAUGGGAGGGCUAGGCGAGGCUUACGGAGAGGGAGAUACUUUGGCGACGAUAUUUUGACGGCUAGCACUCCGCAUGCGUUCCUUUACUCUUGUACUCUCUGUGCGUUUGGAUUGCGGCAGAACGUGCUUAAUGCAAGUUUUCUGCUGUUUGUUGUAUGGUACUUAUAGACGGAUGGAUAAUAUAUUUCUUUCGUGUGCGUAUGGCCCUUAGGACGUUC